AUCGGGUAAUCGAUAUUUUUCAAGACAAAAACAAAACACGCGGUCGUCGGCGUGCUUUUAUUUAACGUUUUUAUUAUUAAUUAAAUCGUUUAGUAUGGUUCAAAACAAGCAGAAAUCCACAAAGCUCCCAAGAGCAGGUAAAAACGUGGUUAAAGAGCCUGCAGUUCCCAAGGAGGAAAACUGGCAAAAGGUAAAGAUCAAGGGCCACGUGAUUUCUGAUGAUUUUGGGGGCUACGAAGGACUGAUUGGCCUGGAGGUCCUCAAGGACUACGAUGCUGCGCUGGUAAAGUCUUCGCAGAAGAGGGUGCGCUCCAAGAAUCCAGCCAGAGACAGCAAGCUGAAGAAGAAAAAGAGGAAGGUGUCCAAGGGCGAGGAGGCGGAUGAUUCCAGCGAGAGCUCCAGCGAAUCGGAAAGCGAAGAUGAAUUGCCGGUUACCGCAAAGUCCAGUAAAAAGGCACGUCUGGCUGAGCGCCACGCACAGAAAAUGCAAAAGCUGCGCGAAAAACGGGAGAAGCGCAAGGAGAUGCGUAAACAGAAGAAAACAAAGGGAAAGGGAGAGGAAAAGGAAAAUGAUGCGGAAGACAGCGAUGAUUCUAACGAUGAGUAUGCGGCAGAUCGUUUUGCGUUGCUCAGGCCACCGCCGUCUGAUGACGAGGAGGCCGAUCCUGCAGAAUCUAGCGACGAAGACAAGGUCCCCGAUCUGGUGCCCAUCUCAACGGUCAAUGGGGAAGACGUCUCCGCCUGGAACGGCCUCGGCGUUCCCUCUCCCAUUCUACGCGCCCUGGGAGAACAAGGCUUCAAGGGGCCCACUCAAAUUCAAGCCUUGACCUUGCCCGCAGCAAUUCACGGAAAAAAGGAUAUCCUAGGAGCCGCGGAAACUGGAAGCGGAAAGACACUAGCCUUUGGCAUACCCAUGCUGGCCGGGAUUAUGGAGCUGAAGCAACGGAAUGUCAGUUCGGGAAUACGCAAGGCACCAAAAGUGAAAGGACAACAGCCCGCUGAAAUAGCCGACGACGACCAUGAAUUGACGCCGCCGCCGGAGGAACUCGAUCAUGUUUCCGGAGCCAGUGACGAGGAAAGCGAUAUGGAGGAGAAUGCCAAACGAAAGCAGCAACCCCUGUACGGUCUGGUCCUGACACCCACUCGCGAGUUGGCCGUGCAGGUGAAAAACCAUCUAGUUACCGCUGCCAAGUACACAGGCAUUCGGGUGGCAGCCAUCUUCGGCGGUCUAGCCGUGGCAAAACAGGAACGUGUGCUCCGACAGUGUCCGGAAAUAGUUGUGGCCACACCCGGUCGUCUAUGGGAGCUGUAUGCCCAGGGCAACCAGCAUCUCAAGAAAAUCGAGAACGUAAGCUUCCUCGUCAUCGACGAGACGGAUCGGAUGGUGGAGAAGGGGCACUUUGAGGAGUUGAGGAGCCUUCUCAAGGUGCUCAACGCGGACGAGCAAAAGAAGCAGCAGCGUCAGAACUUUGUCUACUCGGCAACGUUGACAUUGGUCCACGACUUGCCCGAACACAUGCAAAAGCGUAAUACGGGCAAGCGACCUAAAUUUGUGAAGCAAACGGUGGACCAAAAAAUCGAUAGCCUUAUUGAGGAGCUCGGCAUCUCGCAGCCCAAGAUUGUCGAUAUAACCAGCACUCAGCAAACUGCCCAGACCUUGACCGAAAGCCGUUUGCUUUGCCCCCUCGAACAGAAGGACUUUCAUCUCUACUACUUCAUCCAACGUCACCCGGGACGCACCAUUGUCUUCUGCAAUUCUAUUGACUGCGUCAAGCGCUUGGCUACGCUCUUUGGUCUGUUGGACUGCAAUCCGUUGCCCCUGCACGCCAACAUGAUCCAGAAGCAACGGCUCAAGAAUCUGGAACGCUUUCGCGACAGUCCAACAGGUCUGCUCAUAGCCACUGACGUUGCUGCUCGAGGCCUGGAUAUACCCAAUGUAGAGCAUGUGAUCCACUAUCAGGUGCCGAGGACGAGCGAGAACUACGUGCACAGGUCGGGUCGCACAGCUCGAGCCAAUAAGCAUGGCAUAACUGUCAUGUUCAUGGAGCCGGGCGAAGUCAAGAGCUACGUGAAGCUCUACAAAACUCUGGAGAGGACUGAGGAUCUGCCACUGUUCCCCAUCUCGGAGCGCUUUAUGGGCGCUGUCAGAGAGCGUGUCAACUUGGCUCGUGAUCUGGACAAGGAGGAACUAAAACUGAAGCGAGUUCAGAGCGAGCGCGGUUGGAUGAAGAAGCACGCCGAGGAAAUGGACAUGAUAAUCGAUGGCUACAACGAUGAAUCUGGCAGCGAUCAGGACGAAGAUCCCUUUGUGAUAGAGCGCCGUCGCAAUCGUCUUCGCGUGGAGACAGUUAGAGCACAGCUCAAUGCUCUCCUGGCACAGCCCAUCUUCCCCAGGGGCUUCAGUUUUAAGUAUCCUAGCAACGAGGCAGCUCACCAAGUGACCACGAGUCACACGCAAAGCGCUGUGGAAACUAUGAAAGCGGCCAUUGAAGACCAGAAGCAGGCUAAAAAGGAUCGGAACAAACGCAAACGGAAUGCCUAGGACAAGCUUAGGUCUAAUUUUACUAAAUAGAUGCGUACAAAGGAUAAAAAUAAUAAAAAAUUGAAUGGGAUGCUUA